UUUGAGGCAACCGGAGAGUUGCUUCUGGGAGCGGCGCCGGGCACGUUGGUUUUGCGGGCGGAACCGUUGCUUUAUUCCUUUCUCAACUCCGGCCAGUACAAAUUAUUGAUCAUAAACUUGUUAAUUGCGAACGUUUCCUCUCCCAACCUUACAACUGGACGCGACGGAUAGAUAAGUUUGCUGAUGCAACCGGAGUAAAAGUGCAUGUGUCGAUGGAAAUAUGAAUGUUUUUCCCACUAACUGAGGGAUUAAUUGCCUGUUGCCAUGACAACCAACCAUCAUACCUGCCUGCCUGAUGUUCUUCCAGACUGCAAUAGCUUGGUUCCUUUAGUGAAAACAGUGGAAGAUUCUGCUGGUGCAGUGAAUGGACAGCCACAGUAUGUGAUGCAAGUUUCAGCAAAAGACAGGCAGCUGCUGUCAACAACAGUGGUCAAGACGCUAAAUAUGCACAGUGCAUUCAAUGACCGGCCUAUGUGUAGGAUCUGUCAUGAAGGCAGCAAUCAGGAAGAUCUACUCUCCCCUUGUGAGUGUACAGGGACUCUGGGAACUAUUCAUAGGAGCUGCUUAGAACACUGGCUUUCUUCUUCAAACACCAAUUACUGUGAACUCUGCCACUUCAAGUUUUCAGUGGAACGAAAGCCUAGACCAUUAAUAGAGUGGUUGAGAAAUCCAGGCCCACAACAUGAGAAGCGGACCUUGUUUGGCGACAUGGUGUGCUUUCUGUUUAUAACUCCUCUUGCCACAAUCUCAGGAUGGUUGUGUUUACGAGGUGCAGUUGACCAUCUACACUUCAGCAGCCGCUUAGAAGCUAUUGGACUCAUUGCCUUAACUGUUGCACUCUUUACUAUUUAUCUCUUUUGGACUCUAGUUUCAUUCCGUUACCACUGCCGAUUGUAUAAUGAGUGGCGUCGAACCAAUCAAAGAGUAAUAUUGCUUAUCCCAAGAACAUCAGAUGCAUCAUCUACUCAACAAUUUCUGCUUGGUCUGCAUCCAGUGAAAAGGAACUCAAAAGAGACAAUUGUGUAACUUCUGCCAAUUUCAUAGUUCUGGAUUUAAAAUUGAGCUUCAGCCAAGGAUUCAUUUGGUAUGCAACCUUUCUUCAGAAUAUAGCCUAACUUCACAAACUUUCUAAGCAAAUAAGUCACUGUAGUAUCAUUUUAUCAGCAUCAUGCAUAGGAAAAAUAAUUUUGUUCAUGUGGAGUGGAAUGUGAGUACAAUGGUUUCCAGGUCAAAUCACUUCACUUCAUUGCAGUCAUUAUUACCAAGUACAGCCAGCCAUGCAUUUAGUUUGUGCUAUUGAAGCAUUUUCUGCAUCAAAUAAGGAUGUAGUGAUACCAUUGCUUAUGCGAUACUGGGAGACGUUUGUUCACAUUCUGAAAUGCAGCAGUUUUGAGCACCCUCACCUCAGCUGAGUUUUAAUAAUGGGUGGACCACUUAGUACUAAAAUGAGGAGAAAUUUUUAAACUGGGGUUGAUGAGUCUGAAAUUCUCCACCCUGGAGGGCUAUUGAGGCUCAGUCAUUUUCAUUUAAAAUAGCGGUCAAUGGCUUUCUUAAUGUUACAGGAAUUGAGGGAGAUGGGUCCAGUGCAAGAAAAUGUCAUUAAAGUAGCUAAUCAGCCACAAUCCUGGUACCUCUUAGACUGACGAUUACUAUUCCUUCCGUUCUUCGCCCUCCCCCACCAAACUGAGACCAGCUACUGUAGCUUCAUAGGUGACCUUCACAUCCAACCCAGUACUUAACUGUUUUCUUUGUGCGUGGUGCACUGCCAUUGUGCAGUUCUGAAGCCUUGGUCUCACACUACUGAAUUUAAGCUGUGGGCCCACAACCAAAACUCUCACUGCCAUAUUGCAGAGUGACAGAUUAAUGCUAAUGAAUUUUUUGAGUAACUUAUGAAAUACUGGUGACAUACCCCCAAGAAAGAAGUGUAAUAUUUUUCACCAAACGUGACUUGGUGGUAAAUGUUAGUUAAAUAUUUACCUGCUAAAUGAAAAUGAAAUUAAUUAAUGUACUUAAUUGGAUUCUUUUUAUCCUCAAAUUGGGUUUUAUACUUGAUGUUGCUGUGAAUUUGAUGUCAUUUUCCAGAAGUUGUAACAUCAUGUCACUUCCAUUUUUUUUCUAUAAAAGAUAUAGAAAUUUGUUGUCUGAACUUAAAUUACAGACAGCAAGAUUCUAUCACUGGAUCAGUGCUAAAUUUAAAUAUUUUAGUAAAAUUUAUAUUGAUCAUAGUAUCACUAUGCAUUAGCUAUUUAAGUAAUGUCUUUAAUCCUUGCCUUCAGUUGGCAACUCUAUUCCCUAUUGACUACUAAACAUUUUAAUUACCUUACAACAAAUCUGACUGUUCAGAAUGAAAGGCCUGAGUUACAUUUUGUUUUAUCAGAAGCCGUACUACACUAGGAUGUAAUACAUUGACUGAUGUAAUUUUUUUUAGUGUUGAAUAUUUUCAUUAUAUAAAUACACCAAUGCUGGAGGUCAUCAAUUAAUUGAUGUUUGUAAUUAAUGUUCAAAUUUCUGAUGAACCCAUUGUUGGUUCCUAUUAUAUGCCCAAUUAUGCUGAAGUGCAGAUUCCUAAUAUUUAUUCUACUAAUAGAAAUUAAAUCAAAUGCAUUUGGUUUAGCAUAAGAUACCUUAUUAUGCCUUUGUACUUAUGAAUCAAAUUCAAUAUUUUAUCCAUGUAACUAAUUUAGUGUUCAAGAUAUUUUUUGCUAGAGCUAUAUUUUCAAAAAGAGCACAUUAGCCUGAACUGAAAGCAGAUUCUCAUAGUUUGAGGUAAGAUUUGGUAUAUAGUAUUUUUAAUUCUGACAGUUUCACUUUCCAAAUGUGUGACCUUCACAAUCACUUUCUGAAAUGAUGAAUUGUUAUCCACAAUCAAAGUAAUAAAAAGUGGAACAAGCAUUCAAGAUGGGCAGUAUUUCCAUCUGGUUACAUUGAUUUUUAUGUUGCAUGUGAUUUGGACACCUACAAGUGUCUAAAUAUAACACUUUUAACAAAUAUAGAGAUUUAUCAUAAAGUAAAUAUGCAAAACAAGGGAUAAUAGCAAUAGAGGAAAGAAGUUAUGUUCCCUUGUAAGUACAAGUGUUGAUUCUCAACACUGAAUUACUACCUCCAGGGAAAUUUGUAAAGAAUGAUGCCAUCCAUCAUGCUAUAUUAAAUCAGCUGAGAGUUUGUAUAAGAAUAUUUCUACUUUAGUUUUAAAGAAAUCACUGUUUUUGGGAGCUAAGUUGGAGGACAUGAAGGGAAAGAUUAGCAUUUUCUUGAUAACAUGUGGCUCAAACAUGUGGUCAUAACUUCAUCAUCAUAUCCUAUGGAGCAAAAUAGUUUUGUGCAAGUAUUUUCUCCUUCCGUGCUGUUUACUUGUGCAAAUGUAAUAAUUUCUCUUUA